AUGGCGGGCCUGGUGAACAGCGCCAGCCGUUAUGGCAUGGCCAUUUUCGUGUUCCUCCUUAUUUUCAACAUGUACCUUUUCAACCGCGUCAUCCGUCUAAACAGCCAAAAUGAGACCCUGGAAAUGUCGCUACAAACCUCCCUCCCCACCUUGAUCACCUCGCAACCCGAGCUCGCUACUGUGACGAUCACGAAUACUGUGAUAGCUACGACCACCGUGGCCCCUGAAACGCAAGCCGAACCGAAUAAACAAGAUGACACGGGCUACAGCGCAGGUAUUAAACCACUCCUCGCACACCAGGCUUCCCCUGAAUUCCCUGCGAAGAUCUGGCAUAAAUGUGGCCCCAAGGGUGUCAGCGAACCAGUCCAGAAGUACGUCGACACAUGGUUCACGAAGAACCCCAACUUCCGCCACGAACUCCUCACAGACGAGAGCGCGGACCAAUACGUCCGCGAAAACUACGCAGAAUGGCCCGAAGUCCUCGAAACAUACAUGGCCCUGACGGUACCCAUCCUCAAGGCCGACUUCCUCCGCGUGCUCAUCCUCUACGCCGAUGGCGGUAUCUGGAGCGAUCUCGACGUCACCUGCGAGGUCCCCGUAUCCGAAUGGAUUCCCGAGAGGUUCACCAAAGACACUGAGAACCCCAUUAACGUCGUCGUGGGCCUUGAAUUCGACGGAUGGCAAUUCGCCAGCUGGACGGUUAUGGUGAAACCCCACCUCCAACAUUUCAAGGCCGUCAUCGAGUACGUCGUGAGACAGCUCAAAUACCAGGCGAACGAUAACCACGUCUCUGUAUCCGAACUCACGAAACCCAUGUUGACCGAUGUCGUCGCCGUCACAGGGCCUCAGGCCAUCACAAUGGCUCUUCUCAGGAGCGUCUCCGAAGAAACAGGCCAGGAGGUCACCAAGGACCAAAUUCGCCAUCUGAAGGAGCCCAAGCUCCUGGGCGAUAUCCUUGUCCUCCCUCAGGCCGCCUUCGCGGCGCUGCAGGGCGGUAAGCCGACAGACCAGGGGCCAUACCUGGUCUCACAUUGGUACUCUGGGUCGUGGAAAAACGACGCUGGUGGAGAAGAGGGCCAAAACCAGAACCCGCCGAAGGCCGCGGCGACUACUUCUGCUUCAUCCUCAUGA